AAGUACUGUUACAGUUAGAAGCCAGUGAUUCUUCACCAUUUUCGCUUCAGUUCACUGUAAAACCUAACCAGCUGAUAGUGAAAUAGCAGGUUUUAGGUUUCUAUUGCACCAUGCAAUGCGUCGUGUUCCGUUUCUCGCUUUGACUUUCUUUUGCAGUUCCUUUGACCGUUAAUUUCUUCCCUUUCCCUGUCGUCUACAGCCUGUGGCGGUUGGCAGAUGAUAAAUGGCGCCGAAUCCAAGAGUGAUCGCGGCGUUUUCGGCAAUGGCGAAUCUCGGGAUUCAUGAAUCAAAAGUGAAACCAGUGUUGAAGAAGCUGCUUAAAUUGUAUGAUAAAAACUGGGAACUUAUUGAAGAAGAGAGUUACAGGACUCUGGCUGAUGCAAUAUUUGAGGAGGAAGAAAAUAAGUUGCUGGAGCCAGACCAGAAUAACAAAAACAAGAAGGAUGAGGAUGUGGACAACGAAGAAGCUCAUAUGCAUGAGGAGCCUUUGCGACCUUUGAAGAGGUUGCGUUUGAGAGGCCAAGAUGGUCAAUCUUCACGCCCUCUAACUAAUCGUGGCCACAUCUCAGCCGCCUUUCUGUUGAAAACUCCAAAAUUGGAAGAAGGCACAGUGCCUGAAAUUAGUUCCAGACUGCAGCCUCAAAGCAGUGCUGCAUUAUCUGAUGGAAAUGCAAGGAAUGAUGCUCCUCAUGUUCCCUUUCAAGAUGCUAUUGUCAACAGGGGAAAGCAACCUGUAUCACCUCAGGUUACACCUAGAGGGGGAAGGUCUAUGUCCGACCAUACUUCCCUUGCAGAACCACUAAAAGAGUCAGCAGCUGAACCACGAGCUGCUCCGUUGGCCAAUAACAAAAUGCUUGUUCCAUUUACUUUGAUCAAGCCCAAGGAUGAGCCUGUUGAUGAUUUUCCAGCUUGUGAGAUUCCCCUUGCUGUGAUUCCUCCUGAACCAUCAAGUGGAGGAGACUCUCUAAUGGAUGCAGCUGAAAAGCAAGAUGACCACGAUACUCUGGCAUCACAAUGCAACGAUGAAAACAUUGAGCAUGAAUAUAUUAUUUCUUCCUCAAUUGAAGAACGAACUUCUCAUGUAGAUGUAGCAUUGCCAUCUAUGGGAGAGGAACAAUGUGUAAAGAUAACACAAACUGAUGAUAUUUCAAAGGAAUCCGAGACCAAUGUCUCACCUAGCGUGAGAGGAAAUAAAGAUCCAGUCAUUGAAAACGAAAUCAGUGUCAGGUCUUCUUCAGCCUUGGCUGAACCUGAAGUUCCUAGUUCUAUACGCUGCCCAAGUGGUCAAGACGAUUCUGUACUAGCUUCCAAGAAGGUUAGGACUAAUGGUCUCUUACAAAGUAAUGGUGGGAAGGAGCCAGAGGAUCCUAUAUCUACAAAUUCAGGUACCUCAGUGGUUGUUCCAAAAUGUGAGUUUACGACUGAAAAUGAUGCAAGGGCUAUUCACGAUGUUAAUGACCUGGCAAAGGGUGAAGAAACAGUAAAUAUUUCAUGGGUGAAUAACACUACUAGUGAUCUUCCGCCACCCUUUCACUACAUACCCCAAAACCUUGUCUACCGAGAUGCUUAUGUUAAUUUUUCUCUAUCUCGUAUUGGAAAUGAGGAUUGUUGCUCAACUUGUAAGGGAAAUUGUGUAUUGUCAUCUAAACCAUGUCGUUGUACAAAUAAAACUGGGGGUGAAUUUGCUUUUACGGCACAUGGCCUACUAAAGGAAGCUUUCUUGGAAGAGUGUAUUGCCAUUAACCGUAAUUCCAAAAAUUAUUUCUAUUGCAAAGCCUGUCCAUUCGAACAAUCAAAGAAUGAUGAUUGUUUGGAACCAUGUAAAGGACACCUAAAGCAGAAGUUUAUUAAAGAGUGCUGGAGCAAAUGUGGCUGUGCAAAACAUUGUGGCAAUCGGGUUGUCCAGCGUGGAAUAAGUUGCAAGUUGCAGGUGUUUUUAACUUCAGACGGAAAAGGGUGGGGUCUUCGUACCUUAGAGGAUCUUCCAAAAGGCACCUUUGUGUGUGAGUUUGUUGGGGAAAUUUUAACUGUCACAGAGUUGCACGAGAGGAACAUGAAAAAUCCAAAAGGUGGGAAAUAUACAUUUCCAGUUUUAUUGGAUGCAGAUUGGGACUUAGGAGAUGUGAAGGAUAGGGAAGCUCUUUGCUUAUAUGCGGCAUCAUAUGGAAAUGUUGCUAGAUUUAUUAAUCACAGAUGCUUGGAUGCAAAUUUAAUUCAGAUCCCAGUUGAAGUCGAGUGCCCAACUCAUCAGUACUAUCAUUUUGCGUUCUUUGCAACCAGAAAAAUAGCAGCACAGGAAGAACUCACUUGGGAUUAUGGCAUCAACUUUGAUGAUCACGAUGAGUGUGUUGAGCUUUUCCAGUGCAGAUGUGGCAGUAAAUUCUGCAGGAAUAUUAAGCGAUCACAUAGAUCCAUCAGAUCGACAGUUGCAUGCUGACCAUUUCUGCCAAACCGAUUUUGUGUAUAAUGAUGCAAUUAAUAGUAACCGAGUUCCAACCAACUGAAUUAGUCAUUUUUGUAUACAUUUCAUUGUUUUUCUUGGAGGUUGGAUAAUAGUUACUAUUCACUGGCUUCUGAAAACUGCAGUCAUUGCCCAGAAAAAGUAAGAAAAGAAACAGCCUUUAGGCAUUAAUAAUUUCGUCCAAGUUUAUGUAUGCUAAAUGCAUGACGGAUUCAAUGGUUACAGUAAUACUUUUAUAUAGAUCAAUUUCAUUUCAUU